UUUUUUUUAAUUUAUCAAUUUGAAAAGAAAUUUGUAAAAAAAUUUCUUCUGGAAGCUGCAGUUAACCCAGAGAGAGAGAGAGAGAGAGAGUUGAAAAUUAUUGUGGAUGCUGAGAGAGAUAAGUUGGAAAUGGUAUGUAAAAUAUGUGAGAGAGAGAGAGAGAGAGAAUUGAAAAUGAAUUCCCCCCACAAAGUCAAAAGAUAGGAUGUGUAGAUGGGCCAAUAGUUAACUGAAAGAUACAGAGAAGUUGGUAAUGGGCAGCAUGUUCAAGAGCCAGCAAACCUUCUCUUUGUAUAUAAUCUGCCAUUAAUUUUUGGAAGUUAGCCAUGUUCUACUGCUGCUUUAGACUCUCAAGCAGAUUCAAGGGAGGGAUGUUAUAGUAGAAUAUCUGCUUUUUGUCUAUUUGUUUGCUGAGAUGGGUCGCCUUCUUGCUAGUGCCCUCCUAUUUUGUAGCUUGCUGCUGCUUUUUGAUGCUUCCUUUUCACAUCCCUUAUGCAUUGAUUCAACGGCACCCUUAAGCCUGAACACCACACUGAAGUUUUGUUCUUACAAUGCGAGCUCAUGCUGCAACUCCACAGAGGAUUUAGAAUUACAGAAGCAAUUCGAAGCAAUGAAUAUCUCUGAUUCUAGAUGUGCUUCUGUUAUGAAAUCAAUACUUUGUGCGAGAUGCGAUCCAUUUUCAGCUGAGCUAUUUACAAUUGGUUCUACACCCCGGCCAGUUCCUAUACUUUGCAACUCCACUAUUUCAGCAAAUUCGUCCCAAUCUAGCCAAGCAGCGAAUAACUUCUGCUCUAAUGUAUGGGAUACAUGCCAAAAUGUGUCUUUCAUGAAGUCUCCAUUUGCCCCUUCACUAAAAGGUCAAGCUGGAUUACCAGUCAAUUCCAAUCUUAGCAAACUGACUGACUUGUGGCAGUCUAAAACUGAUUUCUGCAAUGCAUUUGGUGGAGCUUCCAGUACUGCAUCAGUAUGUUUUGAUGGUCAACCUGUUAUGCUAAAUAACACCGAAAUUCCUAGCCCCCCACUUGGCUUGUGUCUUGAGAAGAUAGGGAAUGGAUCUUACCUCAGCAUGGCUGCUCAUCCUGAUGGGUCAAACCGUGCAUUUUUUGCUAGCCAACAAGGAAAGAUAUGGUUAGCAACUAUUCCUGAUCAGGGAUCGGGAGGAGCAUUAGGGCUUGAUGAAUCCAAUCCUUUUGUAGAUCUAACUGAUGAAGUAUAUUUUGAUACUCAAUUUGGUAUGAUGGGUAUUGCAUUUCAUCCAAACUUUGCACAAAACGGGCGAUUCUUUGCUUCGUUUAAUUGUGAUAAGGCUAAGUGGUCCGGAUGUACUGGAAGAUGUUCAUGUAACUCAGAUGUCAAUUGUGAUCCUUCAAAGCUAGGAACUGAUAAUGGUGCCCAGCCAUGCCAGUAUCAAAAUGUUGUUGCAGAGUAUACUGCUAAUGGUACUGCAUCCCAGCCUUCCUUGGCAACAAGUGCCAAGCCAACUGAAGUGAGAAGGAUAUUUACUAUGGGCCUUCCAUUUACAUCUCAUCACGGAGGGCAGAUACUCUUUGGACCUGCUGAUGGAUAUUUAUACUUCAUGAUGGGAGAUGGUGGUGGUACAGGCGAUCCUUACAAUUUUUCCCAAAACAAGAAAUCAUUGCUUGGCAAAAUUUUGAGGCUCGAUGUUGAUAACGUACCAAGUGCUGCAGAAAUUGCCAAACUCAAUCUGUGGGGAAACUAUUCUAUCCCCAAAGAUAAUCCUUAUGAGGAAGAUACAGGCUUGCAGCCCGAAAUAUGGGCUUCUGGAUUAAGAAAUCCUUGGCGCUGUAGUUUUGAUUCCGAAAGGCCUUCCUACUUUAUGUGUGCUGAUGUUGGGCAGGAUCGAUAUGAGGAGGUGGAUAUCAUCACCAAGGAUGGAAACUAUGGCUGGCGUGUUUAUGAGGGCCCCCUUCUUUACACUCCUCCAGAUUCACCUGGUGGAAAUACAACUCCAAGUUCCAUAAGCCCAAUUUUUCCUGUGAUGGGAUAUACCCAUUCUGAUGUAAACCAGAAGGAAGGGUCAGCAUCAAUCACAGGGGGCUAUUUCUAUCGGUCUAUGACUGAUCCUUGUAUGUACGGAAGGUACUUAUAUGCAGAUUUGUAUGCAACUGCCCUAUGGGCUGGCAUAGAGAAUCCAGUAGACAGUGGGAAUUUUAGCAGUAGUAAAAUUUCCUUCAGCUGUGCAGCUGACUCUCCUCUACAAUGCAGCUCCCUGCCAGGAAGUUCUCUUCCAGCUUUGGGUUACAUUUACUCAUUCGGGGAGGACAACCGGAAGGAUAUUUAUCUCCUUGCCAGCAGUGGUGUUUACAGAGUCGUUCGUCCUAGCCGUUGUAAUUACACUUGUUCAAAGGAAAAUGUUACUAGUCUUGCAAGUCCAAGUCCUUCUUCUCCGAAAUCUCAUGCAAACCAGUUGAUUGACCCAUGUAACAAUGUAGUCCUCCUAUUCUCUUCUUUGUUAUUGCUUUUGCUUGGUUUUGUCUAGUAUUUUACAAUAUCUGCAUGUUAUUUAUAAAGAGGGGGUGUUCGUUGCAAUGGCUUGUGAAUCUUUUUGUACUAUGUAACCUUUUUUUCUUUCCUUUUAAGCUUUUGUAUAUGGGGACUGACAAGAUGAAAACUGAAGUGCUUUUACGUUUUUUCUAUUAAUUAUGUCAAGUUUUCUGGCA